GCUGGAAGCGCUACCUGCAGAAACCCUGAGAAGGUCUGCAGGCCAGGAAGGGCCUAGAAGGCACCAAGCGCUGACUUGAUGAUGCUGGAAGCGCUUUCUGCGCUGUCUGGAGGUACUGGAAGCGCCGCAGCGCUGACUGGAAGCUUCUAGAAGUGCAGGGGGCUGAUGGUGUUGCUGCACAGUCUAGAAGUGACUGGAAGCGCUGUUGCGCUGGCUGGAGGUUGCUGGAAGGACGUGGAAGUCCUGGCUGGAGAUUUCCCAGACGCACGGGGGGCUGAUGGUUAUGCCGUGCAGACUAGGCUGGAAGCCUGUGGAAAGGCUGACUUGAUGUUGCUGGAAGCGCGUGGAAGCGCAGACUGGAUUCUCCUAGAGACGCAGGGGGCUGAUGGUAAUGCUGCGCAGCCUAGGCUGGAAGCCUGUGGAAAGGCUGACUUGAUGGUGCUGGAAGCGCGUGGAAGCGCAGACUGGAUUCUCCUAGAGGCGCAGGGGGCUGAUGCUUAUGCUGCGCAGCCUAGGAGUGACUGGAAGCGCGUGGAAGCGCCAACUGGAUGGUGCUGGAAGCGCAGAAGCCUUGAGGAUACUUGCUGCGCAGACUGGAAGUGGCUGGAAGCGCUGAGAAGCGCAGAUGACGUGGAAGAGCACUGAGGAUUUCACGUAGAAGCGAGGAUGACGUAGAGCAACGUAGAGGAUGUGGUGUGCGCGGCGUAGAGAAGCGCAGAGCGUGCGCAGCGUAGAGUGUUCCUUGAGUUGCUUGAGUUGUCCGGGGAGUGGUGCUU